CACAUACCAAUGAAAUUGUUACAAUCAAGGUACAAAGGGAAGAAAUCGAAAUGAUUUGAAGUAAAUUGAAUUUAGGCGUGGCAAUAGCAAAACAAAGUUUAAACAAGAAAUUGUGAGACGAACAGUGGAUGAAAAUUACAUAAAGAGUCCGAAAGAGGAAAAGUAAGAGCAAGAGCAACAGGUGCCAGAAAUUGGAGAAGGGCGAGGAUUAGGGGUAGUUGGAGGUGGUGGGAGUGGAUGAUUGGAGCCUCAACCUGCAACUUGAGAAACACACUCACCAGAACCUUCGUUUCACUCUAAUCAUACACGAUGUGAACCCCUCACCACUGAUCUCCACGUGGAUUCUUCCCAUUUUCCUCCCCCAUGAAACCUCCAUUUCCAUUUCCCCUCUCUUUUCUUCUUCUUUACUUAUUUCCCCUUUCUGGGUUACUCUUCUCUCUCGAUUUCAAUCGUCUCUUUCGACGCCCUCCUCCUCUCUGAGGUUUUUCCCCAUGUGGAUAUCUUGAUUUUUGGGGUUCUGGGUUGAAUUCCAUUUGGGUUUUGUGUGUAGGCUCGAAUUUGAGAAGUGGGUUUGGUUGUUUUUGUUCGAUGGGGGAUGCAAUCAGUGGUGGAUUUGGGGAUGACCUGAUGCUCAGACUCUCGCCGGAGAUGAACGGAGAAACGAAGGUUUCUACCUCUGAACAACCGGACCUUACUCUUGGACUCUCUCUAGGGGGAAUUUAUUGUCGGAAAUUGAAGGAAAGUUCGUUAACCCGAUCGUCUUCGGUUAUUGGAGUGAUUUCUCAGAACGCUGAGACGUGGAAAUGGGAUAUGCAGGGGCAACACCGUUCGUUUCUUUCGUUGGCGAGAUCUUGUUCUUUUCCGGCCGAGACGGACCAACUGGGUCGGAUUAAACUGAAGGAGUUGCAAUUGAUGAGGAGGAUGGAGGCCAAAAAGAGACUGGCGGAGCAGAGGAGUGGCAGAGCAGCUGCGGCGGAGGAUGAGAAGGCAGCGGCUGCACCGCCGUCUCCGUCUGAAGUGGCGGCUUGGGCUGCCGCUUCUACAGCGAGAAGUCCAGCGGUAUGUCGUGCGACUGAUAAGAUCAAAUCCACACAAGGAAGCCUUUCCCAAAAUUAUACAAUUGAAGGACAUGGAAGUGUGGGAUCAACUAAGGGGUCAUCCACUUCACAGUCAUCACUGGAGUCAAUUGACAGAGAGCCGCAAACAACGGCAUCAAGAGAAAAACCAGGGACAAAUGCAGCGAAGAGAUGUAGAGUUUCGAAGGGAUUGAUGGAGGGGGAUGGAGGGAUGGAUGUGAUGCGAACGAUGCCGAGCGUAACUACAAUCGGUGAUGGGCCAAACGGAAGGAAGGUAGAAGGGUUUUUAUACAAGUACAUGAAGGGACAAGUUUGCAUAGUGUGUGUGUGCCAUGGAAGCUUUCUUACACCUGCAGAGUUUGUGAAACAUGCUGGUGGGAGGGAAGUGGCCAACCCCAUGAAGCACAUUCACGUUUGCUGUACUUCAUUUUCAUUGUAACUCUCUUUUAGUUGCUCAAUUGCUCCCGUUGCCCCUUUUUCUUUCAGGAAAGUACAACGGAAAAAGAAGAAACUUGUUGAAUUUUGAAAUGUUUUUUUUCUUCUGAUUUCCCCCUUUGGCUGUUUGGUUUCAUUAGGGAAAAUUAAAGAGAGCACCGCCAACAAAGAGGAUUCCCCA